UUGCUUCCAGCACAUCCCUAGUUCGUCUCGAAUAUGAGCGCAAAUGUGAGCAAAAACGUUGGUUAGUUUUGCAAUAUACUAGGCAGUGACUCUUUCAAAUUAGCAGUCAGGUAUGGAAGGGGGAGGAGAAAACGACGAGGAGGAGGAGGUUCGGAGACUCUCCCGUGGAGAGUUCACAGCUGCUUGUUGUCAUGGAGGAGCGAAGAUGGCGGUCCUGGUCUUGGGCAAGCGUGAAAUAAACCAACAUUUCACCAUUAGGAAUGCCAAGUUGAUAUCGCUCGUGCUCGUUGUUUUACUCGUCAUAUUCCACACGGCCUCGCGCUAUUUUGGAGGCCGAGAUUCAUGCGAAUGGCUGCUGUCCAGCGGACGGUACUUGGGGGAGAAUGUUUGGCAGCCUUACGGCUGCAUGAUGCACAAGUACAAAAGCAUUGAAGCCAAAACCUGCCUUUCGAAAAAGCGAGUGGCCUUCCUUGGAGAUUCCCGAAUCCGACAGCUGUUUUACUCCUUCAUCAAAAUUAUUGAGCCUGACCGACGAGAAGAUGGGAAGAAGCACGCGGACAUCGCCUUCCAAGAAAAGAGUUCCUCUCUUUAUGUGGACUUCCUCUGGCAUCCAGAGGCGAACAACUCGAUGACGCAGCGUUUGGCCUCGUGGACACGCGAAGGCUCAGCGAGGCCCGAUGUCGUCAUCCUCGGUGCCGCAACGUGGUCCAUCAAACUGCACGGUGGCAGCAGUGAGACUCUGAAGCAGUACCGAGUCAACGUGAGCGCCAUGGCCGUGUACCUGGAGAGGCUGGCCCAGCACGGAGAGGUCUACUGGGUCCUACAAGAACCGGUCAACGAGGAGCUGCUGAGAAAGGACCGGAAGGUGAUCACCAAUCAGCAGUUGGAGCUCUACAACAAAGCGGCGGUGGAUGCGAUUGACGCCGCCAAGCGGAACAACAGGUCGUCGGUGAAGCGACUGGCCGCCUCACGCAAGGCGGCGCUGGAGACCAUCGGCCAAUCGGACGACGGGCUGCACAUACCCGAAGGUGCCAGAGAUAUUGGGGCCAUGGUGCUGAUGAACGCCUUGUGCAACAAGCUCCACAGACCCAUCGACGGCUCCUGCUGCCAGACGGCGCCGUCGCCCACCCUCCUGCAGAAACUGGCCCUGUGCUUCUUCGUGGCCUCGGCCCUCGUCCUCCUGGGCUUUCACGUCCUCGGUAACAACCGCCGCCACCACCACCGGCCCGUGCCGCCGGACGUCGAGAGUCUGGAAGAAAAGAAGCCGGCGAGCGCCGUGGCCCCGCCGGGAGCCGCGGCGCUUUUCCAGGCCGUGUGCAAAAUGGGCAUCAUCAUGGCCUACUUUUAUCUUUGCGAUCGGGCCGACUUGUUCAUGAAGGAGCACAAGUUCUACACCCACUUGACCUUCUUCAUCCCCCUCAUCUACAUAUUUGUACUGGGGGUGUUCUACAGUGACAACAGCAAAGAGACCCGAUUACUGAAUCGAGAGCAAACCGAUGAGUGGAAGGGCUGGAUGCAGCUGGUCAUCCUGAUCUAUCACAUCUCUGGAGCCAGCGCGUUCAUUCCCGUGUACAUGCACGUGCGGGUGCUGGUGGCCGCGUACCUUUUCCAGACCGGCUAUGGGCACUUUUCUUUUUUUUGGCUCAAAGGAGAUUUUGGACUGUAUAGAGUAUGUCAGGUGCUUUUUCGUCUGAACUUCCUGGUGUUAGUCUUGUGUGUGGUGAUGGACAGGCCCUACCAGUUCUAUUACUUUGUCCCACUAGUCACCUUUUGGUUCGCCGUCAUCUAUGGCAUGAUGGCCAUGUGGCCUCAAAUCCCGCAGAAGAUGGCCAACGUCAGCGGCAUGUGGCAUCUCGGCGUCCUCGUCAAGCUUCUGGUCCUUCUGUUGUUCAUCUGCGUCUUGGCGUACUCAGAGGAUUUCUUUCACGCCGUCUUCUCCUUUUGGCCCUUCUCCAAGCUCUUUGAAGUGAACGGAAGCGUCUACGAGUGGGGCUUCAGAUGGAAGCUGGACAGAUUUGCGGUGAUCCACGGCAUGCUGUUCGCCUUCGUCUACCUGGUGCUGCAGAAGCGGCAGGUGCUGUGCGAAGGCAAAGGAGAAGCUCUCUUCUCUGCCUGGAUCUCCAGCCCGCUCUUCUUUCUCGCCAUCGUCACCUUUGUCACAUAUUCCGUGUGGGCCAGCGGGUGCAAAAACAAAUCGGAGUGUAACGAGAUGCAUCCUUACAUCUCUGUAGUGCAGAUCUUGGCCUUCAUCCUAAUCCGGAACAUUCCCGGCUACGCCCGCUCCAUCUAUAGCUCCUUCUUUGCCUGGUUUGGAAAGAUCUCCUUGGAGCUGUUCAUCUGUCAGUAUCACAUCUGGCUGGCGGCGGACACCAAGGGCAUCUUGAUCCUGAUCCCCGGCAGCCCAUCGCUCAACAUCCUGGUCAGCACGUUCAUCUUCGUGUGCGUCGCCCACGAGAUUUCAGUCAUCACGAACGACUUAGCCCAGGUGGUCAUCCCCAAGGACACGGCGGCGCUCCUCAAGAGGGUGGGGGGUUUCCUGAUCCUGGCAACGCUCACCCUUUUCAUUGCCCAAGACCGUCAAACUUGAGCCUGGUGAGGUGUGUCGUUCACCGAACACCUUUUUUUUUUUUUACUGCUGAGAUAGUCGCACACUGAAGAACAAUGCCCAUCUACCCUCACUCCCUCCCUGAACCCCCCCCCCCCCCCCACCCCCUACCACCUUUCACAGUAAGUAAAACGAAAACUUUAAAAAUUUGACAUUGCAAAAAGGGAGGGAUGGUACAUUUAUUAAGAAGAACAACAACAACGAAAGGUCCAUUUUCUUGAGAACUUCUCAUUCAGGACUGAAGCGGCCUCUCAACUCUCCGUCCACAUUGACUGAACUAGAAAAAGAAAAAAAAAACAAACGCGAGCCGUCUGCUUCCUAUUUUCAUCAUUGUGUUGUACAGGACUGGAAUUGAAAGAUGGACGAACAAGUCGCUCUUCUGAUCAAAACUCAGACUACCCCCCCUCCCCCCUAUGUACAGUAUUUAAUUAUUUAAAAUGAAGCGUAUAUUUUAUACUCGGUACUUUUUGCGCACCCGCGAAGUGAAGAAAGUCGUCGAUUCGAUCGAUGACACAUUUUUGACUUUUUUGGUUUGUUUAUAAUCUGCCUCUUCGAGCUGUGGUGAAACAUGCACUGGUUGGCCAGCACGACAACUAACUAACGAACUCCCAUUCGACAUGCAGCUUUUUCCCCACCGACUCCAUACACGUGAGUAGCCACCAACACGAACUGACUGGGUGAAAAAGGCUACUCGAUGAUAUUUUAUAUUUGGGUGUUUUAUUUUUGUGGCCUGCCCUCUCCUACGCAGGAUUUAGCACUUUUAUUUAAUGACACUCGUUGCUGACAAUGAGUCCACGUGCAGCUAAUUGUCUGCACUGAAGCAGGUUUGUAUCGAGAAAAUCACCAGAUAAACUUUUGAUCUACGGGCGUUACUGCAAAUGAGUUGCAUUUAGUGUUUGGACUGAGAAGGCGCAAUGCGAGUGUCAGUCGCCGCAUUCCUCUCCAAAAAUUGUUGAGCCUUGAUGUCAUUUAAGAUUUGAAACCAGCGGUUUCCGAAUUGUGGUACUUUGGCACUCUGGCCUUAAUUGUUCCAUUUUGGUAGUGUAAAAGCAACAAGUAUUUAUACUUUUUGUUACACAUUUUUUGUGAUGUCUUAAAAUGUGAAAUGUAUCCAUAUUUAUAAAUGCCUUCACUAUGAUGUACAUCAUGAUCACCUCAUAAAAUGUGCAGUUUUGGCUCCCGUUGUCUGAAA